CUCUGCGCGCGCGAACGCCCGUCGCUUCCCCUUCGCGCCAAAAACAAAACCCUAAACCUACAGCUCCAUGGCGCCGCCGGCGACGCUGUCGGUGGCGCGGCAGGUGGAGGAGAUCGCCGCCGACCCCGACCGCGCCUCCGCGUACGCGCGGCUCCUCCACCUGCAGCGCGGCUGCGCCGACGACCCCUCCGCCGCCGCCGACCUCGCCGCCGAGUCGCCCUCCACCCUCCUCCCGCGGCUCCUCCGCGACGCCGCGGAACAUGACGAGGCCGUCGCCGCCUCCUCGCUCAAGUGCCUCGGCUUCGCGCUCUACCACCCCGUCCUCGUCUCCACCAUCUCAGCACAGAUGUCCCAAUUGAUAUUGGAUACCUUGGUGCAGCUAAUCAUGAAUACUCGGAUGAAGUCUGCUUGUAAUUUGGGAGUAUGGUGCAUCUCUGUUCAACAGUUGGAGCCAUUGAUUAUAGAGGAUCAAGCAGAACCGGUGCUCACUGCUAUUGUUCAUGCACUCGACAAUCCAUUUGGUUCCUUGUCAACAACAUUUGAGGCAGCUCAGGCUAUCAUUAAACUUGCUGGUCAAAGUCCCAAUAGAAUGAGGGACCUAUCAAGCUUAUGGGUUCCACCAAUAUACCGAAGACUCUUAAGUGCUGAUAAGCCAGAAAGGGACAUGGCAGAAAGAUGCCUCAUUAAAGUGUCAGGCGUUAUCCUACCACCUCAACCUCUUCUUUCUAAGGUAGUAGCUUCAGACCUUAAGCAAAAGCUACUCUCCCGUAUGAUGAAUAUGCUUGAUGAUCAUUCAAAGAAAGUUCAAGCAGUGAAGUCAUGGGGAUGGAUCAUAUCUUUACUUGGUUCAUGUGCAGUGAGUAAUACGCCUCUACUUAAUAAACUCCUAAAGGUUCCUGAGCAGAUGUUCAUUGAUCUUGAUCCACAAGUUCAGAUUGCUACAGUAGCUUCUUGGAGAAAUCUGGUGGAUGCAUUUUUUCCAUCUCAGGCUACCGAAACUGUGGUUUCUCCAUUUGUACUCAGAGAACAUGCAAGUGCUCAAGUGAAAAGGAUAAGGUUACUUAUGGUGCCUUUAUGCCGAGUUAUGUCGAGAAGUCAUAAUAUUGUGCUGUGUUCAUCUUGCUUGAGUACAUGGCAUUACCUUCUACAUAAACUUGGUGAUUUGAUCAACCAUUUACCCAUUCUGGAGGCUGCUUUUGGGCCAAUACUCAAAAUAGUUUUUUCCUUUGGAAUCAAUGAUAUGAACAAGCCACUAUGGUCAUUUUGCAUUAAUCUUUUUCACGAUUUUAUUUCAUUAAAAAUUAGGCACAGAGAGAAUUUCUGUACUCCAGUGGAUCGGAACUUGCUGGCCCAAUCUUGCAUGCAUCUCAAGGCCUUGUUGGAUGUUCAACAUAUAAAAUGGUUACCAUGGGACAUUAGUUGCUUUCAUUUUCAUCUCGAGAUUCUUGGCACAAUUCUAAAUCCAGAACUAUUUCAAGACAUGAUUCCUGAAAUGAUGGUGAUUGUUAUGGAUUCUGCAACACGGAUUUUCAGAUUUCUUCUACAAGGCGUUAUAAUUGAACUUAAAGCUCAGCAUGCUUAUGAACAAGUCAGCAAAUGCAUUACUAACAUGUGCAAGUUUGUAAAGAAGUUUUUUCUGGAUCAUGUAGGAAAGCAUAAUGGUAACAAAAGUGCAUUGUUACUGCAAUUUGGUCUUCGGUUUGUAAAAGUUAUUGUAGAGGGACUGGAUCAUUCUCUGUUGGCUUCUGAAAAGUUUAAGAUAUGCUUAGACAUUGAACACACAAAGGAGAAGUACGCAGAAUGCAGUACAAAGGUUUCUUAUCCAGGAAUCAGACCACUUCCUUACAAGGAGAUGGUUUCUCCAGCAGUUUACAUGACUGCACUGUCUCUGUCAAUGGUUGCUCAGUUUACUGGAGAGCUGUCACAUGGAGAUGCUGAGCAGUUGGCUUCAAUUCUCUCUUCAUCAGAUAUCCUUGAGAAUUUUUCUGCUGCAGUUUCUUUUAUGUAUAUGCAGAUCAGGUGUCCAAUAUUUAAUAGGCCAAAAAUAAAAUGGUUGAUGCUAUGGAACAAAAUUGCAAAGCACUUCAACAAGCAAAUUACCUGUUGCUUGAAAAUUAGUCCCCGAUCAAGUCGCUGUAUUAUGCUCUAUCAGUUCUUAUGUUAUCCAUUUUUUGCUCUUUUAUACCCUGGGGGUACACCUAUUCUUCCGAAUGCUGAAAACAGACCUGAGACAUAUGCUCCUAUCACACAAGACCUAGAGGUGGAAUUGGCUUCAGAAGUUUAUAGAUCCCUUUCAACAAACUCCAUUUGUGGUUCAAAGGCUGCUUCCGAGGUUUUCUUGGAGGGGUUCUAUGAAUAUUUUGUUAGCAUUAUUGAUGAAAACAUGUCAUUGUUCCAAGACAACCUUGAGCAUUGCUCGGAGAAGUUUCAAAAUACCGCUAUCCUUUCUGCCCUUGGUGAAGUAGUUAUUGGUCUAUUACAGAACGACAGAAUUUUAAACUAUUGUAACCAAGGGUUUAAUGAAACAAAUGAAUACUCUACAGGAUGCAGACAACCUAACCUUUUCUUGAGUUGCUUGAAGAUUGUUGACAGGGUUAUGAAACUGUCAAGCUUUGGUUUCAAAGCAAAUCCAACUGGACCGCACCAAGUCAUAAAUAGGGUUUUUUCAUCUCUAUCCACUUUUGUUGGGCAUCUUGAAUCGAAGAAAGACAUUAUUCUCCUCUUUGAGAUUAUUGGAGAUCAGCUUACUGAAUGGCUCUCUUUAUCUGGCACGUUUUACUGUGAAAUGCAAAAAGGAGAAACCAUUGACCAGCUGGAGAAACUUUGGGUGAAGACAGUUGAGUGCCUGAAGAUGAGCCAACUCAUUAGUGAUGGCUCCUUCCUUCCACACCAGCAACUUCUUGAAGUGGCACUCAAUCACCCCCAUCACCCUAUUUUAGCGGCAACAGCAUCAGUUUGGAGACCAGCCACAUAUGGCAACUCAAGCCUACAACACCCUGGGUGCUUAGCAUCAAAGUUGGAUGAGUUACUAAUGUCGGGGGAAAGAGCCAUCGCAUCAAAUGAAACUGAACACAGUGAGAGAGAUGGAGGAUCUCUGAAGAUCUCUGUGGGUUUGGGGAGGAAGAGGCUGAAGAUUACGAAGUAUUCAACUAAACUGAAGGAACUUGGCAAAAAUGCAGUUCAUCUUGGUGGUCUUAGGCCUAGGAUAGAUACUAGUAUCUUUUCACCUCAUUGUAUGGAAAAUAAUGUAUGUAGGAAACCAGAAUUAAUAUUGGAAAUGCUCAAGAGAAAGAGAUAGACAAAAAAGUUACA